AUGGGUCCCAAAUUCGAUCCAACAGCUGUUUAUGAAAUUAUGGUACGUGUCACUGGCGGUGAAGCACCAGGUGGUUCAUCUUUGGCUCCUAAAAUUGGUCCUCUUGGUCUCUCGCCGAAAAAGGUUGGUGACGAUAUUGCUAAAUCAACAAGUGACUGGAAAGGCAUGCGAGUAACAGUCAAAUUAACUGUGCAAAAUCGUAAUGCUAAAAUUGAUGUUAUACCUUCGGCAUCAUCACUUGUGAUCAAAGCACUUAAAGAACCACCACGUGACCGAAAGAAACAAAAAAACAUUAAACAUGAUGGUAAUGUUUCAAUUGAUGAAAUAGUUAAAAUUGCACGAAUCAUGCGAUCACGUUCAUUAGCUAAAACAUUCGACGGAACUGUAAAAGAAAUUCUUGGUACAGCUCAAUCAGUUGGUUGCAAAGUAGAAGGCUCACAUCCACACGAUAUUAUCAAUAAGAUAAACAACGGUGAAAUGGAUGUACCACGAGAUUAA